CACUGGCCAAUAAUGUAUCAAAUCUCUUAUCCAAAGGAAAGACUGGGAUAUCUAACACAAGUCUCAACCAAUAACAACCCUCCAAUUCAGCCUCUCUACUCCUUUCACCUUAUCCUCCCUCUCCGCCAUUAAUCCUUCUUUUCCUGAAUCUAAAACCAUUCUCUCCUCCCUCAUUCACUCUACUCUCCCUGUCUUCUCUCCUUCACACAUCAGAAGAAGAAGAAGAAGAAGAGCAAGAUGUCUCUAACAAUUCCAACAAAUCUCUCAAAACCCAUAUUGAAGCCCAAGAUUUGUUCUCAAUUGACCCCAAAAUCAGCCAAACCCACCAUCCUCUGCUCAGCCUCUCAAUCCCCUGAGAAACCCACCACAGCAAACCCACUUCAGGCAUUCUCUGCUGCUCUUGCCCUCUCCUCCGUCCUCCUCUCCGCUCCGCUCCCCGCGGUUGCAGAAAUCUCCGGGCUCACGCCUUGCAAGGAGUCCAAGCAAUUCGCCAAGCGUGAGAAGCAGGAGCUCAAAAAGCUGGAAUCUUCAUUAAAGCUUUAUGCCCCAGAUAGUGCACCGGCUCUGGCAAUCAAAGCAACAAUGGAGAAGACCUCGAAGAGGUUCGAGAACUAUGGGAAGUAUGGAUUGCUAUGUGGGUCUGAUGGGUUGCCUCAUUUGAUUGUGAGCGGUGACCAGAGGCAUUGGGGGGAGUUCAUCACACCUGGAAUAUUGUUCCUUUACAUUGCUGGGUGGAUUGGAUGGGUUGGGAGGAGUUACUUGAUUGCUAUUAGGGAUGACAAGAAGCCAACCAUGAAGGAGAUAAUCAUUGAUGUGCCUUUGGCUUCCAGGUUGAUCUUCAGAGGGUUUUCAUGGCCUAUUGCUGCCUACAGAGAGUUGGUCAAUGGUGAACUUAUUGCCAAGGAUGUCUAACUGCAAAUAGAUGGGAAGGACUGGGGAGGCUGAGGAUGGAAGAACAAGAGGUUUCAGUUGGUGGCAGGUGGAGGAGGUUGAGUGAUGGAAUAUGCUUGUUUGUAUUAAAUUUGUGAUAUGUGUAUGUAUGUAGUGCUUGUGUUUUGACAAUGCCCAAAAAAAAAAAAGACAGAUUUAUUUUGCAUCUGA